UGGAAGCCAGCAGGGAGGGAGGGGAAGGAAGCCGGGCAUGCUCAGUAGGCGGGGCAAAGUUUUUUUUUUUCUCCUCUCUCUCUCCCUCUCUCUCUCUCUCUUUUUUUUUUCGGUCGCAAGUAGGAAGCUUUUUGCACUCCACCACCUCUGGCCGCUGGGAAGACGUCAUCGCUUCCGCCCUACUUCCUCCUCCUGUUGGCGGCGGCGAUCUCCGGAGAUGUGAAGAAGGGGGGUGAGCGGACAGGAAGAUGAAGGGAGCAAAGCUGCUCGCCGCGGGACAGGCGUCUAGGUGAACAGGAAAAUGACCGAAGAAACACACCCGGACGAUGACAGCUAUAUUGUGCGUGUCAAGGCUGUGGUUAUGACCAGAGAUGACUCCAGCGGGGGCUGGUUCCCACAGGAAGGAGGCGGGAUCAGUCGCGUGGGGGUCUGUAAGGUCAUGCACCCCGAAGGCAAUGGACGAAGCGGCUUUCUCAUCCAUGGGGAACGACAGAAAGACAAACUGGUGGUAUUGGAAUGCUAUGUAAGAAAGGACUUGGUCUACACCAAAGCCAACCCAACCUUUCAUCACUGGAAGGUCGACAAUAGGAAGUUUGGACUUACUUUCCAAAGUCCUGCUGAUGCUCGAGCCUUUGACAGGGGAGUGAGGAAAGCAAUCGAAGACCUUAUAGAAGGCUCGACCACAUCAUCUUCCACCAUCCAUAAUGAAGCUGAGCUUGGCGAUGAUGACGUUUUUACGACAGCUACAGACAGUUCUUCUAAUUCCUCGCAGAAGAGGGAACAACCUACUCGGACAAUCUCCUCUCCCACAGCCUGUGAGCCCCGGAGGAUUUAUACCCUGGGUCACCUCCACGACUCAUACUCUACGGACCACUAUCACCUCGAACAGCCAAUGCCCAGGCCCUAUCGCCAGGUGAGCUUCCCGGACGACGAUGAGGAGAUCGUGCGCAUCAACCCCCGGGAGAAGAUCUGGAUGACGGGCUACGAGGACUACCGGCAUGCGCCCGUGAGGGGCAAGCACCUGGACCCCUCGGAGGACGCAGACUCCUACGUGCGCUUCGCCAAGGGCGAGGUCCCCAAGCACGACUACAACUACCCCUACGUGGACUCCUCGGACUUUGGUCUCGGCGAGGACCCCAAAGGGCGCGGGGGCGGCGUGAUCAAGACCCAGCCCUCGCGGGGCAAGUCCCGGCGGCGGAAGGAAGACGGAGAGCGCUCCCGGUGUGAGUACUGCAGGGACAUGUUCAACCAUGAGGAGAACCGGAGGGGCCACUGCCAGGACGCCCCUGACGCCGUGAGAACUUGCAUCCGCCGGGUGAGCUGUAUGUGGUGUGCGGACAGCAUGCUCUAUCACUGUAUGUCGGACCCCGAGGGCGACUAUACAGACCCGUGCUCGUGCGACACUAGCGACGAGAAGUUUUGCCUCCGGUGGAUGGCUCUUAUUGCCUUGUCUUUCUUGGCCCCCUGUAUGUGCUGUUACCUGCCCCUUCGGGCCUGCUACCACUGUGGGGUGAUGUGCAGGUGCUGCGGGGGGAAGCACAAAGCGGCCGUGUGACUCCAUGUCUCUCCCUUACCCUCCUCCAACCACAGCCACAGGGACCUUGUCUUCUACACACUCUCAUCUUCUCCCCCGCCCCCUGGGACCUGGAAGCGCCCUUCCAGCCUGGGCAACCUGCCUGGUGGACUCUGCACUCCCCCAGCCACCCAUCCAUCCACACACGCGCAGUGUUCUAGAGAAAGGAACCUCCACCUAGAUUCUCGUGUAUUAUUAACAAUCUGUAAUCAAGCUAACUGUCUUAUACCUGUGUUGAUUUCCUGCCUUUCCUCCCCACCUCUUCCAGUUCAAAGGCACCUGCACUCAGAACUGCUGAUUUUGGUGGGUUUUGUAAUUGGUUUUUUCCAAGAGCAUAGAAGACUAUUUCUCUUGGUUCAGCUUACCUAUUGCUCAGCACCACUGGGUUCCUGCAGAAAUGUGAUGUCAGAAUGAUGAAACCCAACCAGAAGUAUUUUAACCUGCAAUUAUUAUGUAUAGGAGGUGAGCUAGUUAACAAACUUCUACCACGAAACAAGAUCGCUUUAACUUUUCUAAAGCCAAAUUUCCCAUGUAAGCUACAGUUUCUAUCUUGAGCCCGUUAUCAUUUUCUGCCCUCCCCCCUCCCAAUCUGUCAGUUAUUCACAAUGCAAAAUACGCACCGGUAAAAUGACUGAGAAUUGAGCCUUAACUUCAGAUUAACUUGUGAGAAUCAGGAAAAUUCUUUAAACUGCAUCACAUCCUCUCGGGCCAGGGCUAGAAAGGGGAUUUCAGGUUUCUCUGAGCCUCUCCAGUUACCCCCUAAGGUAGAACUUUUUAAAAUUGUAUCACCGCCACUUCUAAAAAUUUAGCAAUAUUGGAAGAAAACGCUAAUGAAGAAAUUUUGCUCAUUGUUUUGCAAACCAAAUAUUCUCUUUACAGUGAUCUCCAAACAAGUUCCAGUUGAGAAACACUACAGAUGUAGUAAAACUAUAGGAGCUUCCCCGACACACACACUGGCUAUUUUCUAUUAACCAGGGGAAGUUUUAAAUGUCAUAAAUUUGGAGUGGUGGGUCGCAUUUUGUUCGUGGGUUUGUGUUUUCAUCUUAGAUUCAAUUUCACGUCAACAGAUUCUUCAUUUAUACUUGGGAAAAAACAAGGCCAUAUGUAAAAAUCCUUCCAAUGCCUAAGUGUCUUUCUCCUGCAACUCCAAACCCAGACUGGCCAUUUUGUGUGCACAGAUGGCUAAGUCAGCAGACUGGGUCUACCUGUCGCCUUGCCACGUAGGAGGCUUCUAAUUAGCUGGAAAAGAGUAUUUUUCUAAUCCGUCGCAAGGAAUAGCCAAAUCUUUAGGGCAGAAAGAAGAAAGUGAAGAGUGGUUACCUGUACCUAGCAUAGUACAAUCAGAACGUCGUGGAGAAUGUAGGGGGCAGGCUUGUCAACACUGGCUGUUCUUCCUGCUGUGCUCUUCCUGUGGUAACUGCCAGCUGGGGGCAUGGCCUAAUCUCUCUCUCCCCACUUCCCCCAUUCCUUCUUUAUUGCACACAGGACAUCAGUCUUCAAGGAAAGGGACUUUUUUUCAGUCUGCCAAUCGUAUUGGGAAAAUGCUAGCCACGCUUACCUUCAUGGGAAUGUUUUCAGCUCGUCUCAGAGCCCGUCGCAUUUCUUUAGUCAGAUCAUUGGUGUAAAUACCCACUGUGCUUAGGAGCGAGUUGGUAAACGUUUUCACUUGUCGGAGUGACUGGUUUGGGCCUUUCAGUCUGAAAAAAGAGUAGAGAGCUGUCAGUGUGAUGAUGGGGAAAAAAGGAACAGCCUCCCUGCUUGGAGAACAUCUAGGAAACCUCAGCCAGCCUCCCAGCGUUGUCGAGAGACCGUCUUCCCCCCCAGCCCUGAGGCUUUUCCUCGGGGUCCUUCUCAAGGUCUCCUCUCUACAAAGCACAACACUAAUGUAUGUUUCGUUAGACCUCAGUUCAAGUGCCCCUAUUUAUUUCAAUAAGAAUACACAUAUUCCAGCUGCUUUUGGUUUGUCGUCUCUAUUUAGUUGUUCCUAUCUUCCUUCAUCCCUUGUGCUUUUCUACCCUUUGAGAGUUAUGCUAGUGAAUCUUGCUCCGCGUAUGCUUUUUGGUUUGUGAAGGCAGCGGUUAAGGGCACAGGGACAGCCAUGGGGACAUUUAUGUAAAUACGUCUCUAAUUGCCACACUGCAGCUGAACAGUGUGCAGUAUUUUCCCAGUCAGCUUUGCCAUACUGACGUCAAUCAUUUGAGAGAAAUUAUUCAGAUUUUAUUUUUGUAUCUGUGGUAACAAAACAUUAACCAAAAGAUUGUCUGUUUGGAAGCUUCCCCCUCCCCCCUAAGCUGUUUGCUCUCAUUAACAAAUUAAAGUGCCUGAAGCAUAAUUCAUUCUUUACCUGUAUACUAAACACCCUGUUGUAUUGAUUUUUUUAUAACCCUUUUUACCUCUGUGUAAAAAAUAUAUAUACAAGUGUAUGAUGUACAUUUUAGUUCUUAACUUUUUUUUAUGGUUUCUAAUAUGUAUGACCAAUGUAGCCAUUGCUUUAAAAUGUACCAUGUAAAUAUAAACACAUCCUAUCAGA